AUGCUCUACUGCGACAAUUUCGGAAACCCACCGAACCGUUUACGACUUGGAUUGACGCCAUUUGCCUCAACCAAGAUGACGAAGCCGAGAAGGCCCAGCAAGUGCCUUUGA